AUGAUCGCAGCUUGGACGGCGAAUGAACUCUUCGAUGUGAACUUCCGCAACCGCGGAGAGCAGUCCAUCACUUUGGCUGAUGAGUUGGAGCAAGACAUCAUCGUUUGCUUUGACACUGUCAUCAAGCAGCACAAGGAGGUGUCGAGAAAGAUCCACUCCGACGUGCAGCUUGUGACGAAAUAUGCCCAGGAGAGGCGGAAAGCACACGACAAAUUGGCGAGAAGGCCGGUUUUCGCCAGGAUGAACCGAGUUAGGGUUAGAGUUCAGAGUAGUUGUGAAGUAGGACCUUUGUCGGGGAUUGGUGAGUGCAGUAUAGUGCUCUGA